AUGGCUAGCAGGGCUGCACAGAAGCGUUUGACACGCGAGUACAAGACUAUUUCGGAAAACCCGCCGCCAUACAUCACCGCUCACCCCUCAGAAUCCAACAUUCUCGAAUGGCACUACAUCAUUACCGGCCCCGAAAACACUCCCUAUCAUGGCGGCCAGUACUGGGGUACCCUCAUGUUCCCGCCCAACUACCCCUUCGCGCCCCCGGCCAUCCGCAUGCACACGCCUUCGGGUCGCUUCCAGCCUUCUACUAGACUGUGCCUCUCCAUCUCCGACUUCCACCCGCGCUCCUUCAACCCGGCAUGGGAGGUCUCCACCAUCCUCAUCGGACUCCUCUCCUUCAUGACCUCGGACGAGAUGACGACCGGCUCCGUGUCUGCCACCAAGGCCGAGCGCAAGCUCUAUGCCGCCCGCUCGCGCUGGUGGAACUCGACGGGCGGCGGCUCCCACGUCAAGGCCGGCGGCAAGGCGGCGCAGAAGGGCAAUGUCAAGGCCGGCGAUGGCGGCGCCAAGUUCAAGAGCGAGUGGCCCGACGUCGACAAGGAGAACUGGGAGUGGAUGCACGAGGCCAAGAUCGACACCGCCACCGGCAACCCCAUCAGCGCCGCGCCAAGCUGUGGCCCCCAGCUGGGCAUCGCCGCCGGCAGCGGACACCAAGGGCAGGCAGUUGUCGAUGCCGUCAUGCAACGACGAGACGACGGCCGUUCCUGGCUGUCGCGCAACAAGCUACUGGCUGCUGGCUCCGCCAUCUUCAUCUACGUCUUGAUUGCUCGCAUUCUCGGCGAGGGAACGUCCUGA